AUGGCUUCUAGAACUCAAUUUGAGAAUUCGAAUGAUGUCGGUGUUUUCGCCAAACUAACCAACUCCUACUGUUUGGUAGCCGUUGGUGGUUCUGAGAACUUUUACUCUGCCUUCGAAGCUGAGCUGGGAGAUGUGAUCCCUAUUGUACACACUACCAUUGCCGGUACCAGAAUUGUAGGUCGUAUGACUGCAGGAAACCGUCGUGGACUCUUGGUCCCAACCCAGACCACUGACCAAGAGCUGAUGCAUUUGAGAAACAGUUUACCCGAUUCAGUUAAAAUUCAGAGAGUUGAAGAGAGACUUUCAGCUCUAGGAAACGUCAUUUGUUGUAAUGAUUAUGUUGCACUGGUGCACCCGGACAUAGAGAGAGAGACCGAAGAACUGAUUGCUGAUGUAUUGGGAGUUGAAGUGUUCAGACAGACCAUUGCUGGAAACGUUUUGGUGGGCUCAUACUGCGCUCUUUCCAACCAGGGAGGAAUAGUCCACCCUCAAACAUCCAUCCAGGACCAAGAAGAACUGUCUUCUUUGCUUCAGGUGCCUUUAGUUGCUGGUACUAUCAACAGAGGAUCAUCUGUUGUUGGAGCUGGUCUUGUGGUCAAUGACUGGUUAGCUGUCUCAGGAUUGGACACCACUGCUCCUGAGCUGUCUGUUGUUGAAAGUAUAUUCCGUCUGCAAGAUGCUCAACCUGAGGCUAUCUCAGGCAAUCUGCGUGAUACUCUUAUUGAGACAUACUCAUAA